UAUAAUCAUAAUAAGUAAUACUUAUUAGUUAUUGUAGGUACUGCAGUGUAUAAUAGUUAAUACCUAUAUGAAAUAAUAAAUUUUCCAGAAAGCAGUGUGUAAAAAUAAUCACAAGUCGUAUAAUGAAUUCAUACGAAUUCAAAAUUGACGGCAGUUUUAAUUAUUAAAACGGGACACUUUAUAAAAAUUGAUAUUAAUGCAUCAAAAAUGACCACUUCGUUUCUAGAGAAUAAAAUUUUGAACCUACAAGCUCGAUUGAAGGCGGAGAACGAAUCUGUUGAAGAAAAUAAUAUGUUUCCCUCACUCUCUAGCCCUAGACAGGGUUCUGGACGACGACCCAAACAGCUUGGUGAUAUGGGUACACCAACUCGUACUCGAAAGCACAUUGAUUUACCAGUGAGUGUACUGAUGCAACCAAGGGUUGAAGACACUACUGAAGUUGAAGUUAAAAUGAAACAAAUCAUGAAAAUGAGCGGACUACUCACAAUUAAUGAAAUUAAAUAUAAAACUGAAUUAAAAGAUUUAGAGCAUCUUGGAGAGCUAGGAAGUGGUACAUGUGGUCAUGUAGUAAGGAUGUUACAUAAACCAAGCAACACAGAAAUUGCAGUCAAACAAAUGAGGAGAUCUGGAAAUAGUGAAGAAAAUAAACGGAUCACUACUGAUCUUGAAGUUGUAUUAAAAUCACAUGACUGUCCAUACAUUGUCAAAUGUUUAGGGGCCUUUAUAACCGAAUCUGAUGUAUGUAUUUGCAUGGAAUUAAUGGCCACUUGUUUUGAUCGCUUAUUAAAAAAACUUAAGGCUCCAAUUCCUGAAGAUGUGCUUGGAAAAGUUGCUCUGAAUACUGUGAAAGCAUUAAGUUAUUUGAAAGAGUCUCAUGACGUUAUUCACAGAGAUGUUAAGCCGUCAAACAUUUUACUAGAUGAAAAAGGAGAUGUAAAGUUGUGCGACUUUGGUAUAUCAGGUAGAUUAGUUGAUUCAAAGGCACGUACUAAAAAUGCUGGGUGUGCUGCUUAUAUGGCUCCUGAAAGAAUUGAACCAAGGCAAUUGGAUUAUGAUAUACGAGCUGAUAUUUGGAGUUUAGGUAUAACAUUAGUUGAACUGGCUACUGGUGUAUUUCCUUAUCGUGACUGCAAAUGUGAUUUUGAAGUGUUAAGUAGAGUUCUGAAUGAUGAUCCUCCAUCACUUCCUCAUGAUCAAUAUUUUACUGUUGAGUUUCGUAAUUUUGUGUCUAGUUGCUUAAUCAAAGACUAUAAAGUACGACCAAAGUACAAACAGCUAUUGGAACACCCUUUUCUACUGCGGUAUGUUGAUAAGUCUGUAAAUGUUGCUGAGUGGUAUGCUGAAGCAAUAAAACAAAGCAGCACACCAAAAUCAAUGAAAUCUAUUAUAGAAGACGUUCCUACCAGUGUCCACAAGAUGUCUGACCACCAACUUCCACAAUUGAGUUUAAUAGACAAAAACAAAAUUAAUGGAAAUGUGGUACUUGACUCUCCUAGACCAAUAAAACGUUUUCCAAGUACUGAGGUACCGCCUUCAGUUUUGCUGUCCCCUUACAAACAACUAACAAAUGGCAAUAAUUCUGUUAAUACUAGCCCAUUAUUGUUGCAGAGAUUUUAUCAUCAACAAAAUCAACACCAUUCUAGAUCAUCUUCAGUGUCUCCUAGUCGUUUUGAACGUAAUAUUCCUAAAGAAUCAAAUCCCCCAGAUUCACCAAAACCAAGUCCAAGAAAGAGUCUAAUAUCAGCCUACCUCAAAUAUGCUCCUUGGAGCAAAACCCCACCUAGUCCUCCACCUCGAAAUCAAGGCCUGUCUGCAACUGCAUCCCCUUUAAUGACAAGACGUGAGAUGUGCCCAUCUUCUCCAGCUCCAACACGUAAAACAUUUGAUGCUUCCCCUGCUUUGUCCAGAAGAUAUGUGUCUCCAGUACCACCAACGCCACCACCUCGUCGUUUGUCUGAAAGUGGAUCAUCUCCUUUGCAUACAUUUUACCAACAACGGCUAUUUGGUCAGCCAAAAUUAGCAGAAAAAGAUCAUAGGUAUACGCCUCAACCAAGACGACGUGUUGUUUGUCAGUUUAAUGACAUAUGACAGUUACUGUGUGGGCAGAGGCGUAAAGAACCUGUCCUUAAAAACAACGAGUAAACAACAUAAUAUAACAUUUUUGAAUUCUUUGGAGUUUAUUUUCGCAAUUAAAAAGACAAUUUAUAUAAUAAAUUAUACAAAGCAAUGGUAAAAUUAUAAUCGUAAGACAGAAGAAAAACUAUUUGUCAUAGAUAAUUUUUUUUUUUUAUUCUAUGCAAAUUUCAUAAUUAUAUACGUUUAUAGUUGUUCGGUAUCAGCUUGAAACAAAAAAACUGUGACAAAACGUAAGUUAUACCAUAUGAUAAUGUUUGUCAUUAAAAAGAAAGAAUAAUUUAACUGGUAACCAGUUCCUUUUUUGUCUAUAACUGGUAAUACUACAGGUUUAUUGCCUUACUAAAUCUUAUUAUUAAGAAAGUAAGAAGUUAUUGAAGUUCAUAAUAGUUUAUUUCAAUUUUUCCCUAGAUUUAAAUGUCUUAUUGUUUUGAACAAAAUAUAUUUUACGAGAGUAAAAAUCAAAAUGUACUAUCAUUAUUUGUUCUGCUACUUACAUUUUUUUAUAACAAAAUAUUUGUGUUCUGUUUUUCAUUGUUUGCUCAAGUUAUUAUUAUAUUAUAAUUUUUUUUUUGUGACUAGUCAUGGUGUCACACCGACACAUCUCAGAUUAUUAUUCAUAAUAUUGUAUCCUACUGUGAUUUUUUGAAAUAUUUCCUUUUGCUUAUAAUGUAACAUUUUUAUAGUUGAAAUAAGCUUGUAAUAUUUCUUUGUAAAUGUAUAUAGAUGAAUAUAUUGUAAUCAUAUACAACUUAUACAUUCUAGUCAUCAAUAUUAUUGUUUUAAAAUAAUAUUUUGUACUUGAUAUUUGUGUAUUUAUGUUAUCCGAUCAAAACUUAUA